AUAUUCUUUCCCCUUUUCUUCCCCACCCUGCCCCAUCUCUGAGCCGAAGGAGGGGGGAUGAAUACGACACAGAGGGUGGCUGCAGCUGCGCAGGCCUCGCUCUCCGCUGGGAUUUAUGGAGGUGCUGAGGAGCAGCUCUGAGCCCCGCAGCCCCCGGCAAACCGCCCCGUGAACCCGAGGCACCCAGCCACCACCUCCUCUUCCUCCUCCUCCUCCUCCUCCUCUCCCCCAGCAUCCCGACCCACCGACUCAACCAUUCAAGGCUCCCGUGCAUGGAUCGCCCCAGCGAGGGACCGCUGCCGGACGCCGCCGACGCCGCCCCGUAGGCUCCCGGCCCCCCCUGCCCCCCCUAAGUACUCCACAUACCCCGAUGGGGUAACGUGACGGGGGUCACCCUCCCGCCACCCCCCCACCAUACGCAGAGGCCUUUUCUUAGAGCGCCAGGGAGGCGGCAGCCGCUCGCCGUCGCGCACACGCCCAGGACGCCGACACUACAGCAAAGGGAUUUUUUUUUUCCUUUCUUUUUUUUUUUAAAAAAAUUAUAAUUAUUAUUAUUAUUAUCGUUAAUAUUAUUUUUUUCCACCCCCCCAUCUGGCUUUUUACCCCGGGGGGGCUUGCGGUGUGUCGAGGAAGCCGGCGCACUCCCAGGAGCUGGGAUUAUUUGCACAACGUCUGUAUAUUGAGUUCUCGAUCCUGAUUUAUUUUUAUUUUUUAAGUGCGGAGGGCUUGUUUUGUUUUUUUUUUUUUCCUUUGUUUUCCCCUCCACGCCACACUUUUCUUGGGUUUUUCCCCACCACACGUUGUCAGCACCACCUCGCCCUCCUCCCGUCCCACCAUGGCCCGGAUGAACCGCCCUGCGCCGGUGGAGGUCUGCUACAAAAACAUGAGGUUCCUCAUCACCCACAACCCCACCAACGCCACGCUCAGCACCUUCCUGGAGGACCUGAAGAAGUACGGUGCCACCACGGUGGUGCGAGUGUGCGAAGUGACCUAUGACAAGACCCCCCUGGAGAAGGACGGCAUCACCGUCAUGGAUUGGCCGUUUGAUGAUGGGGCGCCUCCUCCCAGCAAGAUCGUGGAAGAUUGGCUCAACCUGUUGAAGACCAAGUUCUGCGAAGACCCCGGCUGCUGCGUGGCCGUGCACUGCGUGGCCGGCCUGGGGCGCGCUCCCGUCCUCGUCGCGCUGGCCUUGAUCGAGAGCGGGAUGAAGUACGAAGACGCCAUCCAGUUCAUCCGACAGAAGCGCAGAGGAGCCAUCAACAGCAAGCAGCUGACCUACUUGGAAAAAUACCGACCAAAGCAAAGACUCCGAUUUAAGGACCCUCAUAACCACAAGAACAAAUGCUGCAUCAUGUAACCUCAAUGACCUCUUGCCAAAAAAAUCUGUGCACACAGACACCCGGGCACUCGCACGCAUCCCACCCCCUCACCCUCCCCUUGCCAAGCCCCGGCCACCCCACGGCGCCGCCCCACUGCCAGGGCUGGGGUUGGGGGGACAUGGAGCACCACCACCACCAUCUUCCAGCACCCGCAGCACCAUCGUCUUGCCGGACCCCCGAAAAAAAGGCUGCUCUCUCCAGCUACAGCCCCGAGGAGGGAAGGCAGCGCUGCCCUUUGACUCUUGGCGUUAGCAGGCAAUGAGCUCACGUGAUGGUUCUUCAUCCCCUUCCUCCUCUUCCUCCUCCCCCAUUUCCCCUCCAGUUGCACUGAGAGGGACGGGUGGAGGGUGCCUAGUUUGGGGUGAUGCAAGCAGGGCCGUGCUGGCUGAGGAGGGAUGGAGAGAGCAGGAGGGCUGGAAUGCACCCAGAAGAACCCUUUCCCACCUCUUCCCUACAAAAAAGGGCUGCAGCAACGGGGACGGAGGUGGGAACGGUCCAGUGGCCUCAGGGUGGGGGGAAGAUGGUGAUGGCAGGAAGAGGUGAAGGGGGGCUUGCAGCUUGGUGCUGGCCCUGUGGCCACGGGAAGGGCUGAGCUAAUUCUCCCCAGCACCAUUCCCUUUCUCCUGGCCCCUCUCCCACUCCAACAUCUCCCCGUUGCCUUGAUGCCAGCUGGGAUGCUGCAGAUGGGGCUCGUUGGGGGCUCGCUGCACAAAAGGUAGGGGCACUGGGGAACUCGGGGACCCGUGGUGGGGCUUUGCCAGGGUGCAGGGGCAGCACUGGGUCCCACAAGUGUGGGGUACUCUUAUUUAUAGCUUCCAAAUUCAAUGCACAGGGUGGUGGGGUCUCUUCCAUGGUGUCCCCAUCACCCAAGCCGUGGCGCAAACUCUAAUUCUGGCUGUGAUGCCCUUGGGGAUGCAACACGCAUCUUGGGGCACAUCCAUGUCCUCCACCGUUGUGUUUGCUGGCCAAGGGCUGGGCUGCAGAUUUUCUGGGGAAUUUUGGAUGCUUCUGGCAAGAGCACAUCACCAAAUUUUGCACCUACCUUUCCCACAUCUGUAACACAGCGCCUGGCACCCCAAAACCCCCUGGCCUGUGCCCUGGAGGGGUGGACUCAGAGCUGCCCCUGAGCUGGGACAUGAAACAUCUCUCAACUUUCUGCCUUUGAACGCUUGCAGCAGCUGGAGAAGUGGGCACGUAGGGGACAUGGGGGUGUUUUUUUUUUCUUUUGACAAGGGUAAGAAGAAAUUUGCUAAUUAAAGGAAAAAAAAAAACUUAAAAAAACCAAACCUGUUUGUCUUCCGCAUGUCCUCUGGCCUUUCUUUCUCCCAUCUGUGCCCAGCGGAGCCCAGGAGGUGACCCCCAGACCAAUCCCCGGCACCAGGUCACAGUUGGCUGCCAUCCAGCAGCACCAGGGCAUAUGUGUGGUCCAAGGGAUGCUCCAGGUGUCCUUUGGGCUCGCUGCUGCUCACCCCUUCAGCUGCUGAGGGUCACAGUUGUUGGGGCAAGGAGGGCUAGUCAUCCAGCGUCUUGUGGUUGUAGGCUGCCCAACUUGAGAUGCCUUCAGUGCCCUGUGUUGGGUAUCUCCAAAGGUUUGUGUGCCUUCUGAAACAUAGACUAUCCAGAGACGUUUGCUUCAGAGGGUUUAGCUCUUGGGAUAAGCGGUGAGGGAGGCUGGUUAGACACCUUCAGUACCCGCAGAAGGGUAGGGGACAGAUUUGUGCCACCACCCAGGCAAAGGAGGGCCUUGGAGCUGUUUCCAGAGAGCUCCUCUCCAGUUAGGAGCCACUGCAAUUGCAGGGCAGCGAUGGCCAUCCCAGGGACAGGCUGUGGUGCCAAGUGAGGUGGCUCCAGAGUUGUCAUACUGCAUACCUCAGGCCUGUCCAAGCUUCCACAUUGCAGGACAGCCCUCAGCUACUGGAGUUUCUCCUGCCCCAUUCCAGGUUGUUGAUUCCUAUGUCUCAUGUGGGAGGUGGCAGUGGUCGUAGGGUCUGCAUUGGUUGGGAAGGGUGAGAAAUUGGGCUGAUAAAAAGGCCUGAUCCUGUAUUACAGCAGCUGUGCUUGGUGGGUCACCAUCCCCUUCCUGCCCAGGUGUGUCCUCUUGCUGCUAAAAUAGGUGCUUCUUUGUCCCCAAGGGCAGUAGAAGGUGGCUUGGCAUUGCGAUGGGGACAGCCUCGAUCCCUCUUAGCCAGGAGACCUCAUGGUCCCAUGUGCUCCCUGCCUGUGCCAUGACUUAUGAAGACUUUAGGAUAAAGCGGUGGGAACCAUUGCUUUGCAGACUUGGAGAUGUUUCUGCCCUGGCAAGAGAAGGAGAAACCUUUUCCUCUCCCAUGCUCCUGGGAGCAUCGCAUGGCAGAUCACCCAGGGCAAGCCAUCCAGGGCUUCAGCCACCAUGCUUUUGAGUUGGGGUCAGGAUGGGGACAGAGGGGCUUGAAUUCAGCCUCCUUUGGCCA